CCCUCACAAGGCAGGAGUGUCUGCCAUGUUGCUAUGACUGGAGCUUACAUUGUGUGCGACACACCAAGCAGCUCGAACGGCCACUCAUCAUGGCACGGGACUACGCGGCGCGGGCGGAGGCCUCCGAAAGCGCGUUGCUCCCAUCUUUUUUGCUGAUGUCCCCGCAAAAGCCAUAACUUACACACAAAAUGUGCAGCGGUACGAUGCGAGGACCCUUUGCUGCAGACGCGGACGGCUCUCCAGCUCUGGGCCCCACUCUCAGCCAUGACCAGAUCCUCUCGUCGGACGAAGACGAAGAGUACAGUCCAGAGGUCUCAGAUCCUGGGGCGGACAGUGGUGACCUUGCGCACGGGUUCACUGGUACAAGUGGUACGGCAGAUGGCACGAGCAUCGAGGAAGACGACAAUGGAAUGCUGCCUCGCGACAAGCAGCGCAAGAACGCCUUCUAUGACUACACAGCCGAAAAGCAAAUGAGCCACAUCGAAGCAAAGCAGUUCUACCAGCGUCACCAAUGGGAGACCCAGCAUGGAGGAUCGCAGGCAGGCGACGGCUACAGUCCAGCUCUGCGUGCGAAGACAUUCCCCGCGAACCUCGGCGCAGCAGAUGGCAUGAGCAUUCGCUCACGCCAGAGCAACGUCAGCCUCGUAAACCAGGGCCAUCAGCACAGUUUGCACCCUCUGGGUCAUUCACCCUAUGAGCAGUCACAGACCUAUCGUUCGCAGAAGGGCAGUCAAGCGGGCGAUGUCUAUCUCCAAGCCGACCAAGAAGCGCGAGCUCACUCGAAGCACCCCGGCCUACCCCACGAAGACAAGCCUCUACUCGCAGACGAAGGCAUACACGGCGCAGGAGCAGGAAUAGGCGUUGGCUCAGGCGCAGGAGGUUUCGCCAUGUCAGAUUCGAGCGUGACCGCUGAACUCAGUGCUAUCUACACCAAUGUACAGAAAGUGCUUGAUCUCCGCCACAAAUAUAUACGGUUGUCGCUACAACACGACUUCGACAACCCCAGAGAUGAUCCUGGGUGGAAGAUCUACCCACCUCACCCAGAGCCGGUGUGGAACGACUCUUCGAAGGAACGCCGCAAUGCAUCGAGCAGCCUGCCAAACAGCAUAGUCCUGGAGCCGACCGAGGCACCGCCAAAGCCGCCUCGCAAGAUGGGUACAAACAUUGGAGAGGAUUUCUUCAUGGAAGAUCUCCUGCCGCUCCCUGGGCCUUCUGAGAUGGCCUUCCGCAUGGACAGUGGUGGUGUAUUCCAGGUGUACGAGAAUGCCAAAUCCGCCGAGCUUGACACACCCAUUGUGGCCAUCCCCACGUUGCGAGAGUUCUACAUCGACCUGGAUGCUAUCCUGGAAAUCUCUUCAGAUGGACCAAGUAAGAGUUUCGCGUUCCGGAGACUUCAGUACCUGGAAGGCAAAUUCAAUCUCUACUAUCUUCUGAACGAAUACCAAGAGAUUGCGGACAGUAAGAAGGUGCCACACAGAGAUUUCUACAACGUACGAAAGGUCGAUACUCACGUUCAUCACUCGGCGUGCAUGAACCAGAAGCAUUUGCUGCGCUUCAUCAAGUCGAAGAUGAAGAAGUCGCCCGACGAGGUGGUGCUCUUCCGUGAUGGAAAGCACCUUACGCUCAGGGAAGUCUUUGAAUCCAUCAACCUGACAGCAUACGAUCUCAGUAUUGAUACACUGGAUAUGCACGCGCACACAGACUCCUUCCAUCGAUUCGACAAGUUCAACUUGAAAUACAACCCCGUUGGAGAAUCGCGUUUGCGAACUAUCUUCCUGAAGACGGACAACUUCAUCAAGGGCAGGUACCUCGCUGAAAUCACCAAGGAGGUCAUCUCCGAUCUGGAAUCCAGCAAGUACCAAUUCGUUGAGUGGCGUAUCUCGAUCUACGGUCGCGACCUAGAUGAAUGGGAUAAGCUUGCCGCAUGGGUCGUUGACAACAAGCUUUUCUCACCCAAUGUGAGAUGGCUCAUCCAGGUUCCUCGCCUGUUCGACGUGUACAAGGCUACUGGGCUGAUGCAUGAUUUCGAAGAGGUGGUUCGCAACGUCUUCCAGCCAUUGUUUGAAGUUACAAAGGACCCGUCCAGCCAUCCAAAGCUCCACAUCUUCUUGCAGAGAGUCAUCGGUUUCGACAGUGUCGACGACGAGAGCAAGGUCGAGCGACGUGUGUACAGAAAGUUCCCAACUCCCAAGGAAUGGACGACGAAGCAGAACCCGCCUUACAGCUACUGGAUGUACUACCUCUUUUCCAACAUCGCAUCACUCAACGUCUGGAGGAAGCAGCGUGGCUUCAACACUUUCUUGCUUCGCCCGCACUGCGGAGAGGCUGGUGACACUGACCACUUGGCUGCUGCUGUCCUCUGCUGUCACAGCAUCAGCCACGGUCUGCUCCUUCGUAAAGUGCCUCUGCUGCAGUACAUCUUCUAUCUUGAGCAGAUUGGUGUAGCCAUGUCGCCACUCAGUAACAAUGCCCUCUUCUUGGCAUACGAGCGGAACCCGUUCCUGAGCUACUUCCGACGUGGUCUCAAUGUCUCGCUAUCGACGGAUGACCCGCUGCAGUUCGCGUUCACCAAGGAACCAUUGAUUGAGGAGUACUCCGUAGCAGCGCAGAUCUAUAAGCUGAGCGCGGUUGAUAUGUGUGAGCUUGCCAAGCACUCUGUCGAGCAGAGUGGUUUCGAGCACAUUGUUAAGCAGAAGUGGUUGGGUGGCAACUACAAUCUUCCUGGCGUUGCAGGUAACGAUAUGGCAAGAUCCAACGUACCCAGCGUUCGCGAGGCCUUCAGGCACGAGACGCUUAUGCAGGAGCUUGCCAUGAUCGAUCGAUACACACGCGCUGCCAACACUGAGACCCAAGCUCUCACGAUGUCAAAUCUCCAACCAGAGCAACAAACACCUCAGACACCAAGGACGCACCACGCCACACACCCAGGAUCACCAGUACAGUCGCCGCACACACAGCCGUCUGCCACCAAUCCGCAAGACCACGACAAAGCAUUUCCUAAGCUGCCUCCGUCUUCCUUUCCGGCCCAGCAGGCGCGGCUGAACCCGUCGGCAUCUACUACCGAUAUUGCGAGCAUGUCCACCCAGUCAGGAUCGCCCACCGCUGCCAACACCGAGCGUCCGCGCCGCACAUCCAGCAUGACCAUCAGUCCCAGCGUCGUAUCGGCCCCUCAGCCACCUGUAGGCCAACAGCCAGCUGAGCAAGACCUCGACUUGACGCGUACUUCGAGCAGUGUGAACCUCGACGGCGAACCUAGGAUCUUUCCAGGCGUGGUUAGCAGGAGGAGGCGUAGCAGCUUGCGCGGCAGCAAUAUUGAAGACGGCGAGGAAGCUCAUACUGGUUUACCCCGGGUGCCCACGGAGCCUGUGGUGCAGGAGCAGGACACCGAUGAUGAGGAUUUGUAGCACGGGCCUCCCAUUGAUUUCUUGACGGGUUCGAAAAGGAGCGGUUUGUCAUGAUUAUGGAGGCAUGAGUAUCAACUACUUGUCGGUAACGAAUAGUUCUAAAUGAAUAUACGC